CCUCGGAUACUACCGCAUAAUUAUCACCAAUGUGGUGCCAGGGGCCAUUGGAUUCAACAGUAGAAUAACAGAAAUUGCUCAAGGAAUAAUAUAUAAACAAUGUAGCCCUAAGUUGACCGUAUAGUUAUAAUGAUCUAUUUCGGAGUAUGCUGUACUGAAAUUCAGUGUAUAGGUAUGAUAUUUGCAGCACGGAUUGCUUGGUUGGUUAAGUAUUCAGUGAAUCCUAUUAUAUAUUUAUUGUUUUCAAAAUCUGUCUAUAUCAAAUAUUCAGUGAACAAAUAUUACAAACUUAAAAGGAUUUAGAAACAAAAUUGUAGCUGAUAUUUGCCUAUACUUUUAAAUAAAGAGUGAGACGGUGUCUUCUUUCUUUCGUUAUUUCUAUAUGUAAUGGUAUGAUUAAUUUACCAUACUUAUCAGAGAAAUGUGUUUGGGGAAAAUAAAAGAAAACAUAUAUGUACAUGUAUAUCGUCUGAAAAAGUUUAUUUUCGUUCUCCUGAUAAUUCAUUCAGCCUCUUUAAGAAUUGUAUUUGCUCAUACUUUCGUUUCGUGAACAUUUUCGAGGAAAUAGAUAUAUAAUGUAUCGGAUAAUUUGUAAUUGGCAGUAAUUAUAACAUUGGCGUAUUUGUAACUUUUUUAAAUUUACAAUGAUUAUAAAAAGAUGAGUAUAAGUGAUAAUAGUAAUUUUUAUGUUAAAUUUUUGUUGUUUAAUCCAAGCCAACAUUACAGCUCUGUUUCCAUGUAAAUCAUUAAAGGCCCACUAUGACUCAAAAUCAUGUUUUAUUUUUAUUUGUUUUACAAUGGAAAAAGAUAGAGCUAUGGAAAACUAAACUCUACUGAAUAUUUUAGACAUUCAAUGCGACCCCUACCACAGUGUAAAGGCCGUUUAAAGAUCAUCCGGAAAUAAAAUUGUUUUACGAAUCGCUUCGCUUUUUACCAUAUCUGUUUGUAUCACGUGAUAGAGAGUGGCAGGUACUUGUGCUAGGAAACAUUGUCAGAUAAAGAAGAAACGCUAAUUACUGCAGUCAAGAAAAAUGGAAUCCGAGGUCUCAGAAAGCGAAUCGGAUACCGGUAGUAGUUCACCGCCGCAACCAGUUGCGCCAAGGGGACGUGGUAGGCCACGGAAACUUCGUGGAGGUAGAGGACGGCCCAGAAUGCAAAGAGAGCCAGACGUUGCACUCGGGGCUCAUCCCCGAGCACCAACCAAGCGGGGACGAAGGAGGGUCCAGCCACCAGUAGAGAUGGCAGCAACAGCCUUAGCAGAGAGGAGAGAUAUUGAGAGUAAAGUAGAUGCACUAUCACCUGAUGAGAUGAGGGACACCCUUAAAAGAGUUGUGAGGGAAAACCCAGAGUACUUGUUCAGUAUUUUGGAGCCUGAACAAAGAUUUCAACCUUCUGGGGGUGGAACAGUACAACCAUCAUGGUGCAUCUGCUCUCAUUGUAGAGACAUGCCAACUCCUAGGGAGAAAGUCUGCUGCCAAAGAAAUCCUGAUAACUGUAUUUCUAGAUUGCCGGAUUUCGGGGUGCUCAUUUUAGACGAGGCAGUUCUUGCAUUGGCAAGACUCUACCGCCAAGAUAUUUUGGCAAUGCCAGAAGAUGCAGAUAGAAACAGAGCCAAUCGCCACACGGGAUAUCGCCAAUUUGUACUUUGGCAUCAUGGGAAACUGGGAGCUGGAGAUAGACGUGUAAUUCCUAGCUGUUGUGUGUGGCGUAUCAGAGACAAAUUUCCUGACCCUCAUGGACAUUACAUUGGUUUCAAAGAUAACAGAUUGCAAUAAAAUAUAAAUUAUUUAUUACUUGUACCAAAACCUGAUUAAACUUUCUGGAUAUUGAGUAUCAACACAAAA